GUCACUUAUUGCUACAAGCGGAAGUUGUUCAAUGGCCACUGGACAAUGCACCUUGCUAAUUUAAAUCCUAGUGUUAUGAUAAAGGUUUUCUCGCGUUCAGUCGCGUAAUUACACAGGUCUCCUUUACUUAGGUACAGACAUGGAAGUGCCUUGCUACCUGCCCAAACUGCUCUUUGAGCUCAAUGAGCAGCGUAAGAGGGACUUCUUUUGUGACUGCAGCAUCCUUGUCGAAGGCCGUGUCUUCAAGGCGCAUCGUAAUGUGUUGUUUGCUGGGAGUGGCUAUUUCCGGGCUCUUCUGGUUCACUAUCUGCAGGAUAGUGGGCAGCGCUACAGCACAGCAUCGCUGGACAUUGUGACAGCCGAUGCCUUCUCUAUUAUCCUGGACUUCCUUUACUCUGGUUGCUUGGCCCUGAACAGAAGCAAUGUCAUUGAGGUCAUGUCAGCAGGAAGCUACUUGCAGAUGACUGAUCUGGUAAACUUUUGUAAGGGAUAUAUCCGCUCUUCUUUGGAAAUAUGCAACAAGGAGAAGGAAAAGAACACAGAGAAAGAGGACCAGGCACAGGAUGGAGGGUUAGGUCCUGCAGACAGCGGCACUCUUGCUGCGUCAGUCUCCAGUGGUACGGGGGCUGCUGAGCCUCAUUCACAGGCUGCAGAGGCAAAUAGAGGGCCGGGUUUAGGUCCGGAGACUGUGACCUCGGCUAGAACCCCUUUGUCUAUCCCUGUUGCCACAACUCUUAGCACCAGUAGAGACAUGGACAGCGACUACCAUUCCAGGGAGGAAUUUGCAUCUGGGAGUGAAGGACAGAAAGGACACAUGGAUCGGACAAACCUCUCAUCCUCUUCGUCGUCUGCCCUGACCCCAGAGUUAGUGAACCCCAAGAUAGAGUAUGACCCCGAUGAGGAGCUAAUGCAAUCCCCUGACACCAAAGACCUGGCCUUGUAUUCUGGGCCCUCUCUCCAUCACCCUCAUCAUAACAGACUACUUCCUCCUUCUCCCUCCAAUGAGCGUUCUCCCUUGGGAUACAGCCCUUCCUAUAAUGCCAGGCAGCUGAUGGAGAUGCUGGCCAGAGGUGAAGGCCCCAGUCCUCUGGGGGACAGAGGGAGACAGUGCUUUACCCAAACAGGAGGAGGCAGAAUUGACGAGGGUUUAGGGUUUGCGGGAUCGUCUAUCAUGGAGAUCCAGUCGGAUUGGCUUGGAGAGGACACAGGCGAUGGUUUGGUAGUGCCAGUGAAACUCCACAAGUGCCCAUUCUGUCCGUACACUGCCAAGCAGAAGGGGAUCAUGAAGAGACACAUCCGCUGCCACACAGGGGAGAGGCCCUUCCCCUGUCCCAUGUGUGGCAAGAGGUUCACAAGACAGGAGCACCUCCGCAGCCAUGCCCUCAGUGUCCAUAGGCACUACUGGCCAGUAUCAUGUAAAAGCUGCAGGCGAACCUUCACGGGGUCCAGCGUUUCACCAGGACUCAGACGCUUUGGCAUGUGCGACAGCUGCAACUGCGUGACCACCACUCACGAUGAUUCCACCUCUGUACACCCCGCCAGCCAAGCAGAGCCCAUGGAACGCGCAGACGGGGGUACAGAUUGGUCUAGUUUUAUAGACGACGUAGAUGAGGUGGAGGUUGGCAAAGUGGAGGACUUGGUAGAGAAACAAAUGCUUGAAAGGCAGCUGGCUGUCUGCACUGAUGUAGAUAACACAUAACAAAGUGAAUGUGUAGCCCGCUGCAAUUUGGAGAACAAAACUAUUUCUUGAACCGUUUUACUGUUCAACAACUGUAGCCAUAUUAUUAUUGAUGUUAAAUUAUUACUGCGUGAUGGCCUUAUUUAUUGUCUUAGGUGAUAGACAGAGUAGUUUGUGACAUGUUUUAUUUUGUCCAAAAAGAUGGCAGUUCAAUGAUGAAUCUACUGUAUGUGGAUACUGUUGCAAUAAAUGUGUUGUGUAAAAGUUAACACUUCUUAAUCAAAU